AUGGCUUGCAAGAUGCAGAAAAGGGUAUCACUGCGCAGAAGACUUCACAUACUGCGAUUCCUUACCAACUCCAACAAUAAUGUGAAUAUCAACAGAAAUUCCAUUGCUAAGAGUACUUUUCUACAAUUACAGAAGCUAAAGGUUGCACUGGAAAAUGUCAAAAGAGAGUAUGAAAACCUAGUAGCCACAAGAAGAGACUACGUUAGCCUAUUGAAGAAUAAUGUCAAUGAUAACAAGGAUGUUAAAAUAGUGAAAAUAAGUGAAGGAACAUUUAUGGUGAAGGUGACAUGUGAGAAAGGAGGUGGGAAGUUGGUUGCAAUUUUAGAGGCUUUUGAAGAGAUAUGUGUGAAUGUUGAGGAGGCAAAAGUUUCAUGCGAAAAUGAGUUUUCUAUGGAAGCUAUUAUUGUUAGUGAGGAUCAAAGUCUUGAUGUUACAGAUGUUACUGAAGUGAUUCUAAAAGCUAUUGAAAAGUAG